UACCGGCCAUCAUCGGGAGAUCUCCAUUGCAAACGUUGGUUUGCAUUGUGUGUUCAUGGUAAUCUACCGUUUCCCAUUUUAAUGUGUCCUGUAUGCGUCAAGAUAAAACACAAAUAAAAACGAUGAACAGCACAGAAAACAACAUUCAACACACGGCACUACUUGUGAAAGAUUUGGCCCAGCUGCACGAGAAGAACGACCGAGCGGAUGUAACGUUCAUCGUGGAGAGCAGGCGCAUCCCAGCCCAUCGGGUGAUUUUGGCUGCCAGGAGCGAAUACUUCCAGGCACUGCUGUACGGUGCACUGAUGGAAUCGAUGCAGGACGAAAUCGUUCUGAACGUUCAACUGAAACCAUUCCAGUGUUUGCUGCAGUACAUUUACUCCGGCAGUUUGUCGCUGGACAAAAUGGAUCAGGAAGAGCUGAUCGACCUUGUCAUGCUAGCCGAUCAGUAUGGAUUUGGCGAGUUGAAGAGUGCGAUUGGCUGCUGGUUGUGUAAAAAAAUCCGUCUCACCAAUGUGUGUAUCUUGCUCCGAUGUAGUAGUUUGUUUCAGUUGGGUACGCUGUAUCAUGCGUGCCUGCAGUACAUGGAUCGUCAUGCAGCGCACGUUAUACUGCACAAGUCAUUCUUAACGCUUACCUUCAACCUGCUGAAUGUGUUGUUGGAUCGGAAAAGUUUUUUGAUUAGUGAGGUUGAAAAAUUUCAUGCCAUCCAUAAGUGGUGCCAGCAGCAGAAGGACAGUGCGCAGAGCUUCGCCAAACUGUACCGAAAAGUGUCGUACACAUCGAUGACUUACAACCAGCUGUUUCACAUCGUUCGUCCCUCCCGGGUGCUUCAGCCGGACGAAUUGCUGAAUGUGAUAGCGGUCAAGGAGCAUGCCGAAGUGGUGCAUACCCGUCCCAUACGUUCAUCGAUUUAUAAACGGGAAAUGCUGAUCCCGAGAAACAAUGGGCUGAAAAUUGUAAAACUAGAGUAUGGAAAAAAAAACAUAAGCUAAAGCAUAGGUCGUUGAUCGCUGUAGGGAUUCGGCACAAGUAUUAGCUGUGGUGGGUUAUUUAAAGGAUCAAUAUCAUUUUCAAUCUACUGGAUAGGAUUCAGCAGAGUUCCGUGCUUUGUUACGUACUUUAUUAGAUUGGUAGGAUUUUUUUUUCGUUCAGCUGAAGCGGCACAGCCGUUGCUUUUAAUCGAUUGUUUUUAUUCGCGAAAAAAAACGAGCAAUUUUAUCAUUAUCGUAGUGAGAUGGUCCUCCCAUA